AUGAAAAGACCAAAUGAAUUCUGCACAAUUAAAAUUUAUUCGUGUUGCAACAAUAAUUGUAUUAAUUCUAAUUUAUCUGAUGGAAUAUGUAUUAAUGGGAAUGGAUACAUUAAUGUUCAUAAAAACGAAAUAACAUAUAAUAACUCUUUGACUGGGGGCGAAAAUAAAUGGAUUUUUAUUCACUCCCGUCAUCCUUUUGCAAAAACUUCUGGCUUCAGCAACAACUAUUCUUUAUUUUAUUUUGAAGUGACAAUUUAUAAUGAAGGAAAUGAUUCGGCUUAUGCGGGUAUUGGAGUUGGCUAUAAUUAUGGUUUUGAUGUUACACCUGUAGCUAAAAUAUAUUUGUGCAACAUUAUCGACUCGUAUUGUGAAAACUGUUCAAAAUAUGAAUGGAAAAAUGGGGAUGUUUUUGGCUGUGGAAUUGUUUUCCCUCCAAAAAAUGAUUCAAAAACAAAGGCUUAUGGAUUUUUUACUAAAAAUGGAAAUAAAAUUGGUGAGUUUAAAACGAAAAAAUAA